AUGACCGAUCCGGGGCCUUCAUCUCCUCCUGGGGAAGGUGCUCCUCCCCCAGUCCCCACCAGCAAGUCGCCCAAAUCUCCCCGGAAAAGACCUUCGUUUGGGAGAUCGCGACCGGGGACCAGUUCGGGCGCUGUUGCUGCUGCUGCUGCUGUUAAUGGCGGAGACCCCAAUCCAAUUCCAAUUCCAGCUGGAGACCAACCAGGUGCAUUAACAGCUUCCUCGCCGUCAGGGGUGCAGCUACAGCAGGCACAUGCGCAGGGGCAGAAGGGGCAACCACCACCGUCGUCAAUACCACCACCUCCAGAGGCAUCAUCAUCAUCAACCGCAGUGCUGGACUUGCCAAUCACAGCGGCCGACGACACUAAGACCAGCACUAGCCAGGCUAGCGCCAGCAUCAACGGGAAUAGCGCCGCUGACUCAACGCUCCCAAGUCCAGGACCAGGUCCCCGCCAGCAUAAGGUCCUCCACAAGGACCCCAAAGAUCCCAAACGCGAGAAUCGUGAUCGCCAGCCUUCAUUCGGUCGCAAGCCGUCCCUUUCGUCCCUCAUACACAGACAUCGUCGCACGGCUUCGUCCCUAUCGACUACGUCCGGAGCCCCAGGGGGAAAUGGCCCUGGCACCGGAGCCGCACAAGUUAUACCCACCUCAGCGCCUUCGUCCGGUAGAAGCAGUCUCGGGGGGCUAUCCCGAAAACCGUCCCUUCGUCUCGUCACCAGCCAUAGCUCCUACAGCCAUAGCUCCUACAGCCAAAGCCCCAUCCCUCCCGUCCCCGACAUUGCGCUUGCCGCCUCACGAUUGACCGACGCCGUACCCUCCCCGCCGUCUGCAACCGAGACUAUCAACUUCUCGAGAAUGUUGAGCCGCGGUGCUCCCACGCCUGUGAAUGGCUUCGGGCCAAGUGUCGCACAGUUAGCGCCUCCCGCUAUGGUGGCUCCUGGGCCCCAAAGCGAGCUGGGAGAGGUGCACGCGCGUAUACAAGAGACGGCGAACAAGAGGAUAUCAACCUUGGACUAUCUGCGGAAAGCUCACGAAGGCCGUAUUUACUGGUUCAACACUAUCCUCUUUGACAAGCCCGACUUACAAAAGAUGCCAUAUUUCAAUAGCAGCAAAUUGGGCAGAAGGGCAACCAACUACCUUCUCUUGGGUCUUUCCCUACCCACCGUUCUCGAUCUCAACUGCAACAACCCUACCGAGUUCUUGCGAAGUCUGAACCACCUCCUAGCUGAGUUCGACUCUUUCCAACAACUACACUCAGAAAAUGGCCCGGCAUCGACCAGUUCCCUAUCACGGGCGCGCAUCCCGCAAAUGUUCCGACGAGCGACGCCCAGCGCCAAAACAAGACGAUCAAGUAGUGCGACUGGCAUGGGAGGAGGUAGCAGCAGCACCACCGUGAACGGAUCCAGCGUCCCAGCGAUGCCCAUACCACCAUCCACAGCCAACGGAAACGACCCCAACGAUUUCGGUUACGCUCUCGAAUCUGUUCCCUCCCACACGGGUACCUUUGACGAAUCCGUGCUCACCCACACCACCACAAACUCGGGCGCGGGAAACACUUCAACUUCCACCGAAAAGACCACAUCGACAAGCAGCAGUGGCAUCCCCUCGUCGACCUCGGCAACAUCAACCGCCCCGUCAACGGCAGCCUCUACUGUCGCCGGCGCCUCAUCUUCGGGUCAAACCGCACAACCAACAACAUCAUCAGCCAACUCCCCAGCACCCAUCUCCUUCUCGCCAGCCGAGCAAACCGAGCUCCUUCCGGGAGAGGAGUACACGCAUUUACUAACGCCUAACCUACCAUUCGAUCCGGAUUUCUUCGAAACCUUUGCGACGCUAUGCGACGUUUUGAUCGACACUUAUACGAGACUGCUGUCACUGGUCCCCACAGCCAGAGAGUGCACUGGCACAGUGGCGGAGCUUUUUACCAAGGCGGAUGCCAAGAUCCGCAAAAUUAUUGUUCAAGGAGUCAUCAAAGAGUUUGAGGAGCAGAGUCGAGCAGGAGUGAGAGGGGAAGUGGGAGCGGUGGGCAGAGUGGUGGAUGAACCUUCUGAUGUCUCUGAUGACGACGAUGAUGACGACCAUAUUUUCGACGACACCUUUAUCCUAGUUGACAACGAGGACGACGAAGACCCCGACGAUGGUACGGAGGGCGCAAUCGAGGUGAUGAGCCUUGCCGACAUCCUUAGCUCCAUUCCUCCCCCUCCUCGUCGUCGAAACAAUGACGUUGUUGGUCUUAUCGAAGCCCUUGGGUCCAGCCCCCCUCCUCGUCGUCAAAAUAACGAUGUUAUUGGUCUUAUCGAAGCCCUUGGGUCCAGUCCUCCUCCUCCGAAGGGGAGGAGAAGGAUGACUACCGCCGGGACGCGGACGAUACCUAGGAGUACAAGUAGUUCUUUUGGCCACAUGUCCAUGGGUCCCAUGGGUCCUAUGAGUCCUAUUGGCCCGUCUCCUUUGAGGUCUCCCAGUUGGGCGAGUCAGGGGAGUAGGACGCCAAGUUUGAGCUUGGCUAGGAAGAGCUCGAUGAUGAGCUUCAAGUCGUUACGGCGAAAGGUUCCGAAUCUGAGUAUUGGCGGUGGUGGAAGUCAGGGAAGUUUAAGUCUGAAGGAGGAGUGA